AUGAUCAAAGGUGUGCAAGAUUCAGGAUAUGAUUCAGGCAGGUGCUUUAUUCAUUCACUGCAACGAGCUAUAGAGGAGUCGCUAAAAUCUCAACCAGAAGUACUACAGAUGAUAGCUGCUGCGAGACGAAUUGUUACCCAUUUUAAUCAUUCUGGCUUAGCAGAGCAGAAACUUAAAUCCAUUCAACAAGAACUUAACUUGCCAAAUCACCAACUAGUACAAGAUGUAAGAACACGCUGGAAUUCUACGUAUUAUUUAAUGGAGCGAUUAUUAGAACAAAAGCGAGCUAUCUCCUUGUACAUAACAGAUCAUGAAAAUUUAAUAAAUCUGACGCAUGCUCAAUGGGAACUAUUGGAACAAUGUAUCAAACUCCUCAAACCAUUUGAAGAGAUUACAAAAAUAACCAGCUCAGGUAUCUCAUGCAUCUCUGAAGUGAUACCACAUGCAGUAACAUUAUUAAAAUAUCUGGGAAAAGCAGAAACAGCUGAGAAAGUACCAAAUUUAGUAACAAUGAGAUCUUCACUGCAUGCCGAGCUUGAAAGGCGAUUCAGCUUCGAUGGAAAAAACAAAUAUCUGGUAGCUACUUUUCUGGAUCCUCGCUUCAAAACGAGUUUCCUAGGAUUGGUUCAAGCAGAAAAAGCAAGACAAAAAAUUCUUCUAGAAGCUCUGAAAAUAAGUUGUGAUGAAUCUAGUAGUACCGAUGACGAUUCUUCUCCAAUUCGUAAAAAAAGAAACUUGAAUGAAAAUGAUAGAACUAUGGAAAUACACGACAGUUUCUGGAACUGCUUUGAGGAAGUCGCUACAGAUAAUAUGCGAAAUGCUAAUAAUGAGGAGGACGUGGAGCGGAAUACUGUGGUAAACGAGUUGGAUUUUUAUUUGAAAACAGGUCGCCUAGAUCGGAAGGCCAAUCCUUACAAGUGGUGGUUAGCAAAUGAAAACCAAUACCCAAACCUUUCGAAAUUCGCUAAAGUUUAUCUUUCUUCUCCUGGAAGUAGCGUGUAUAGUGAGAGGUUAUUUUCUGAGGCUGGUAACAUUUACGAUGAAAAGCGUAAUCGUUUGCUACCAAAAAAUGCUGAAAAGCUUGUUUUUAUCCAUCACAACUUACCACUGAUCAAUUUUAAAUACUAA